AUGAUAUCGAGAAAGGCCGCUGUGCGGCAUGGCUGCACAAUAGCUCCGUCCGUAUCAAAGUGCGUAGUCCAACGACUUUUGUCAACCAACGUCCCGAUGGAAGCCAAUACGGACGCGGGCUACAAUGCAAACGUAUCGUGGCGAUCACCUCAGCUGCCAACCAUCCAAGCAAAAGGUUUCUCUGCCGCGUCAUCCAAGAAGAGAAAGCAGAAAAUGGUACAAGAGGUCAUUAUGAGCCUGGGCUCCAACUCGGCCCAGGCGCAUCAAGGAGCCGCCUGGACAAAGCCGCACGAAUUCGGGGUAUCGGGGACCGUUUUGACUCCGGCGGAACAGUAUGCAGAGUUCCAACGUAUCCAGAAGAAGACUCGGAGUUUGGGAUCGAAGCUGGAGCGACGUUAUGUCCCUGAGGAUUUAAUACGGAAUCCUCCGGGACCCGAGGACUUGUCACUGGAGCUGCUAAUGGCAUCACAAGCACACAUGGGACAUAACGCAUCGCUAUGGAACCCGGCCAAUUCUCGAUAUAUUUAUGGUGUACGCCAAGGAAUACACAUCAUCUCUCUCGAGACCAUCGCCGCUCACCUGCGACGGGCCGCUCGUGUGGUAGAAGAAGUCUCUUACCGUGGGGGCGUAAUUCUUUUCGCAGGGACUCGAAAGGGGCAAAUGGAGAUAGUCACCAAAGCUGCCGAAAUGGCUGGUGCUUGCCAUCUCUUUACCAAGUGGACUCCGGGAGCAAUCACGAACCGGGACGUUAUUCUGAAGACUCAGGCGACCAAAGUCAUCGAUCAAUUGGAUAGCGAGCUGGAUGGCUUCGAUCUGUACAAGGGCUUGGCAAGACCACUACUGCCCGACUUGGUUGUAUGCCUGAAUCCUCUAGAGAAUUACACCAUGCUCUACGAGUGUGGCUUAAAGAAUAUUCCCACCAUUGGUGUCAUUGACACCAAUGCGGACCCGUCCUGGGUCACAUACACCAUCCCGGCAAAUGAUGACAGUUUGCGCGCCAUGGCUGUCGUCGCUGGCGUUUUGGGCCGAGCGGGUCAGAAGGGUAAAGAGCGCCGUCUGCGGGAUGCCUCCAGAGGUAAAGUCUCUUGGCGAACCUCGCCAGAACUGACGCGGCACAUGAAGAAGGAGAUUCAGGCUGCUGUUCUGAAACGGAAAGAAGUAAUGGGAAGAAUGCAGACGAACGUGGAGGGCUUCACAGAAGACGAGAAGAAGCUCAUGAGGUUGCGGAAUCACGAGGUCGAUUUGCAAGUCAGCGAAGAUGAAAUGGUGAGUAUGAUGGGCGAGAUGGCGUUGGACAAUGGCAAGGAUAUCACUGGCAAGACAGCGGCUCCGCCGGCCAGCUCCGCGAAGCAGCCAGAACGCCUGGAGUCGCAAGAUGCGGAUGUCGGGACGCAGCUUCGGCAAUUAGCGCAGCAAGAAGGAGACGUCGAGCCUUCUGUGACUGGAGACAAAGCAUGA